CCAGGACACAAACAAACCCCAGCAGGCUGUUAACAUCAGCGUCUUCUCUUGGUUCUUCAACAGAAAGUGUUUUACUUGUUCAAAGUUCAUCUGGAUCUGAGGCCAUAAAGAUUCAAAUCCCUGUUCUAUUACUUGUAAUGUUAUAAUCUGCAGCUGUAGGCGAACACAUUCAGAAGCUGCCGGAGCAUAGCGACGUGGAGAUCUCGCCGUCCUCAUGGCUCGUGUCUUAUUUUACGGCACUCUGAAGAAGGGUCAACCCAAUUAUCACCACGUGUUAAACAGAAAUAACGGCAAUGCCGAGUUUCUCGCCACGGCCAUCACCACCCAGAGAUACCCACUCGUGAUCGCUACCAAGGACAACAUUCCUUUCCUGCUCAACCUUCCCGGACAGGGCCAGAGAGUCCAUGGAGAGCUCUACCAAGUGGACGAGAAGAUGCUGAAGUACCUGGACAUUUUUGAAAGCGUCCCUAACCUGUACCAGAGGACUGUUGAAGAGGUUGAGAUCACAGAGUGGGUGGGGAAGGAGGAGGAGAAGCCACCAGGAUGCACCAUAGACGCGUUUGUGUACAGCACCACAACCUACCAGCCCAGCUGGCUUUCACUUCCAACCUACAAGAGCUACGACUCUUAUGGAGACCACGGCCUCACAUACGUGUGCGAGGAAGACUGACAAUAAAGCUCGUUGUUCCAGUAA